CACUGACUCGCGCUGUCAGUUUCCUUCCCAGUAUCCAAAAAAAGAAUAAACUCAGAUAUUCAAGACAAAUUAUGUAAAAAAAAUAAAUAGAUAAAUUUAAGUAUUCCCGAGUAUAAUGUACCUGUGAAAAAUUCAUUAAAAUCCCGUUUAAUUUAGUCACGAAACGAACGGUUCUUUUUAACAUUAUAGCGUCAUAAUAAUUGAACAUUGAACAAAAUGGCAGCCACAAGGAGGUUGCAAAAAGAACUGGUUGAUAUUAGGAACUCAGGUUUGAAAUCAUUCCGAGACAUUCAAGUAGAUGAGACAAACAUUUUAACUUGGCAAGGUCUUAUUGUUCCGGAUAGCCCUCCAUAUAACAAAGGAGCUUUUAAAAUAGAAAUAAAUUUUCCAGCAGAAUAUCCAUUUAAACCUCCAAAAAUCAAUUUUAAAACAAAGAUAUAUCAUCCAAACAUUGAUGAAAAGGGACAGGUAUGCUUACCCAUUAUUAGCGCAGAAAAUUGGAAACCUGCAACAAAAACUGAUCAAGUAAUACAAGCUUUGGUAGCAUUAGUGAAUGAACCAGAGCCUGAACAUCCCCUCAGAGCAGACUUAGCCGAAGAAUAUCUAAAAGAUAAAAAGAAAUUUACCAAGAACGCAGAAGAAUACACAAAAAAGCACAGUGAAAAGAGACCAGCUGAUUAGAAGUUAUUUGUAACAUUUGAAUAAAAACUAUUGAACUCGCCUUAUAA